AUGGGAAGCGUGCGAGCCAGCCGCUACAGCAUUGUGUCAUCAGAGGAGGACGGCAUGAAGCUUGCCACCAUGGCGGUUCCCAACGGCUACAGCAAGAGCAAGGUGCACACCCGGCACCAGCCGCAGAGCCGGUUCGUAAAGAAAGACGGUCACUGCAAUGUGCAAUUCAUCAACGUGAGUGAGAAAGGUCAGCGGUACUUGGCCGACAUCUUCACGACCUGCGUGGACAUCCGCUGGAGGUGGAUGUUCAUCAUCUUCUGCCUCGCCUUCCUGCUGUCAUGGCUGUUCUUCGGCUGCGUCUUCUGGCUGGUGGCCAUCUUGCACGGGGACUUACAAAAUAACGCCCAGAAGUGCGUCUCCAACGUGAGCAGCUUCACCGCUGCCUUCCUGUUCUCCAUCGAGACCCAGACGACCAUCGGUUACGGCUACAGAUACGUGACAGACGAGUGCCCUGUGGCCGUGUUCAUGGUGGUUUUCCAAAGCAUCGUGGGCUGCAUUAUUGAUGCUUUUAUUAUCGGCGCCGUUAUGGCAAAAAUGGCAAAGCCCAAGAAGAGGAAUGAAACUUUGGUUUUCAGCCACAACGCCACAGUGGCCAUGAGGGACAACAAGCUCUGCCUGAUGUGGCGUGUUGGCAAUUUAAGGAAGAGCCACCUGGUGGAGGCGCAUGUGCGGGCGCAGCUUCUGAAAUCCCGCACAACAGCAGAGGGGGAGUACAUCCCCCUCGACCAGAUGGACAUCGACGUGGGCUUCGACAGCGGAGUGGACCGGAUCUUCCUGGUCUCGCCGAUCACCAUCGUCCACGAGAUCGACGAGCACAGCCCCUUCUACAACAUGAGCAAGCAGGACCUGGAGAGCUCGGAGUUUGAGAUCGUGGUGAUCCUGGAGGGCAUGGUGGAGGCCACGGCCAUGACCACGCAGUGCCGCAGCUCCUACGUCUCCAGCGAGAUCCUCUGGGGUCACCGGUUCGAGCCCGUGCUCUUCGAGGAGAAGAACUACUACAAGGUAGACUACUCCCGCUUCCAUAAGACUUACGAGGUGCCGAGCACGCCGCUGUGCAGCGCCAGAGACUUUGCAGAGAAGAAGUUCAUUCUCUCCACCUCCAACUCUUUCUGCUACGAAAACGAGAUUGCGCUGGAGAACAAAGAGGACACGGACGAGGGGAACGGGGGCAGCGUGGGGCCGGACGGGACCCAGACCGACAACAUCUCAGAGACCGAGCACAGCCAGGCCACGGUGCCGCUGGAGCCGCGGCCGCUGAGACGAGAGUCCGAAAUAUGA